CCAAAAGUGGGUCGUGGAGCCCUUUUCAGUGGGUUGCAAAUGUACUCCUAGAAACAACAAUUGGGCCAAAACAUACUGUGUCAAAACUGUAUGAGAUCCAGACUGCACUAUUUUAAUUCAAUAUCUGAUUGGUUUAAAAAAUCAGAAAAUUGGGUCGCAGUUUCCCAUUGAGUGAUCAAUGGUUGGGCUUGAGGCCCAAACAGUAGAGAACCACUGUUAGAGUAUAUCAGCUGCUAAGACGCUGUACUGGAGAGUUAUUGAUGGCAGUCUUGUAACUUGUAUUUUAUCCUCCUAACACAACGCUUCAGUACUAUUUAUUUAGAUUUUAAAUGUUUAUUUUGGAGUUGAAAACCAAGGAGAGAGAGCAGAGAAUAACAAGCAGGAAAUGAGCCACAAACUGGAUCUAAACUGAUUCUGUGGUUGUUGUCUGCUUCCAGGACAACGUGAUACAUGGGGCGCACAGAUAAAACCACUUGGCUACUGCCACCCCGUGCUCCAGGACGUGAAAGAAGUUGUGGGCGCUCAGUUGGCAGAGCAGGCUCCCAUAGGCUGGAGUCCUCAAUGUGGACGGUCGUGGGAUCCAUUCCCAGUCCCAUGUAUUCCCCCACUCUCUCUCCCCAUAUUUCCUGGCUCACUUCAGCUUUCCUAUCUGAAUAGAAGCAAAAAGGUCCUAAAAUAUCUUCAGAAGAAGUUCCAAUUCAUCCUGUGAUUUGAAAAAGAAAAUUCAAAGAAGAAGCAUCUAAACUUCCAGACAUAUCUUCAUACCUUUCCCCUAUCCUGUACCGUCUCAAACUGGGCAACAUCUGUUCGUGAUGUCGAUGCUGAGACACAAACCAACCUGGAACUAAGACAAGGAAACCACAUCACACAAAACAUGGUGGAUGCAAGGUUAACACCACUGGCAGCCAUGGGGCUGGACCGCGGUACUCUAAUGCAUGAUGGUCUCCGUCUCCACAGUGGGGUUGUGUACCCAGGGAUCAGAGCCCUGCCAACAGAGAAGAGCCGAGACACACCAGCCCUCCCCCUCAAUUACAACAGGGAUGGUCUCCCAGAGCUUAUCUACAAGCCUGAUGGCCCUCUGGAUAGCCGUAAGCCCACUAACGGAUACCUGGGUCUCUAUAAGGGCACCUCGCCAAGUCUCCACAAGCCUAUGCUGGUUCCUGGCGCUGGAGCUGAAGGUCUGGGCUUGGAACGCAGAGUAGGGCCUGGAGAGAAAGCAUCUGAUCUGGGCUUGGCAAGCGCUGGUGGCAGCUACCUCCGCUUGCCAUGGCUCAGCCCCUACCCUGAAGCAAGCAUGUAUCCCUUCAUGGACACAUCCAAGUAUGCGGCUUUAAACAUGUAUAAAGCCUCCUUACUAAGCCAACCCAGCCCCUAUCUUCCUCAGCACCUGCCCUACCCCUCUCUGUGUGCAGCCCAGGGGGGAAACCCUGCUGCAGCCGCCUCUGCUGAAAGACUUUACUAUAUGCCACCCUAUCCUCCCUCUCCUAUCUCGUCACCCCUUGUGGCGCCCCCUAUGAGGAUUCCUGCGGUCACAGUAGCUCCUACAUCACUGGUACAUUGUCAAGAUAAGGGACUUAAUGUUGCACCUCCAUUUGCACAGCAGCUCCACCAACCUUCUCCUCAUCCUCAGCACCAUCAGGCUGCAAUGGACAGGGACCGAUCCCCGAGCAGGAGCAGCAGACCAAGCAGGCCGCCCUCUCGAAAGGGGUCAAGCAACAACAAUAACACAAGUAGCACUAGAGACACCAAUGGUGGGAGUAAUAACAGUCUGCCUACUGAUUCCUCUCCUCAUGCAUCCUCUCGUCUCCCCCAACCUCCUGCUCUCAUUGACAGUUCACUGGAUUUACAAAGACCAGUUGCUAGGAUCGGACAACCACCAACCUCCUCCACCUCUUCGAUAUCUGCCUCGUCCUCAUCCACACAGUCCAUUCCUCAUCCGUUCUCUGUGAGCAGCAUAGCUUCAGAGCAGCCCUCUCCUGCUCGGCCAAGCCCCCACAAACCCAGGCCACGAGAUGGAGUGCCUGAGCACAGAAGUGUAGGAGCUGAGAGGAGACCCAGCCGGUCACCCUCUAAACCAAAUUAUGAGAGGCCCCCUCAUCAAACCCAACCAACCAAAGACUCGGCAGAGAAGCCUUUGGAUUUGUCUGGAAGAAUACUUGAGUUUGGGCUGCCUCCUAAUGGAUUCCCACUUAAAAUGGACUCUAUGGCUUCAAGCCCACGCUACGGGCUCCCCCAGAGUAGAGAACUCCUAAAAGAAAACCUUUCCUUGUCCCCCUCCUCCCACCCUCAACCUGUGGUCAGCAGCACUUCUUCAAAGGUCCCAGAGAGGCCAGAGAUGAUCAGCACUUUACACUCCUCCUGGGUUGUACCCAGCCCAUCUCCUUCUUCCCACACACAGCACACACCAGGCCUCCCCCCCUCCCCGCGGCCUAACCCAGACCUUUCACAAGCCAAAGGUUCCUCCCCCUCUGUCAUCAAACACAAGGGUCUAGAGAGAGUCCUCCCUCAGCAGCGGAGCUCAUCCUGUCCAAGAAUAGGAGAGUCCAACAACAAUGUUCCCUCCACCCAACAUUCCUCCCUGGUCAAUUCAAAGCCCCUUUCCCCUAAACCAAAUGGUGACUGGGCCAAACACAGCCCCAGCCAGUCAGAGCAUCCCCCAGUCAUGGGCCACCACAGAGACGGAGCAGAGAAGGUCUCUCAGGCCACUAAGAGAAGUGAGACAACCCAGGAUUUAUCAUCUUACAAAAGGCCCUGUUUGGAAAAUGGUCACCCUCCUGGGCACCUUUACCUUCAAAAUGACGCCUACCUGAACCACAGUUUGGCUUAUGCCAACAGAUACCUGCACUACCCAAUCCCUGAUGGCAUGGCUCUACACUCUCUGCCAAUUACAGGAAAAGGCCCAGUCUAUCCUCACCCAGUUUUGCUGGGCAGCAACAGCCUUUACCCAAGCCAUUUGGCAGCAAAACACCCUUUACCCUAUCAUAACCUCCAAGCUGGUCCAGGAGGGGAAUACCUCACUUACAAUUCCCAAGAGAUGGCACACCCCCUCAUGCAGGGACACCCAGAAAACAAGCUGCCAGAAAGGGGAGAUGCAACUUUGAAACCACGGGAAAAAUCUCGGGGUGGCGUUGAUGAAUGUAGAGAGAACAUUGGGAAAGAAACCGGAGAAGGAGGCCAAUUGAAGCAUGACAGGGACCAAGGAGCACAAGGGCAGGGUGGCAGUCAAAGCAAAAUUUCAGUUUCCUCUGCAGCAUCUAGAGAAAAGAUCGUCUGCAUUGACCUUGUACACUCAGACACAGAUGUUGAGUCCACUCCAGUAGUCAACAAACAGCCCUCUGUCGAAACCAGCACAAAGGCUAACCAAAAUGAAUGUUGUCAUAGUAACCAAAAUCUGACAAAGACUGACAAUGAGCCAAAACACCAACACCACCCUUCCCACCCUUAUCCGGUCCACUCCACUCAGAGCCCCACCCCGAAGUCCAAUCACACUGAAAAACUGCCAGAAACUCCCUUUGGGAAAACAAAGACUCCUCAGGACACAAUCUGUCCUGGAUUGACAUCCAACACAUCCCUCGCUUCUCCAGGGCAGGACGCCCAAGAAGAGGAGAGCCAGGAGGAACGCAGCCCCAGCCCUGACCCUGAAGACCAUGACCAGAGCACUUUGAGCUGUGCCCGCACAUCUGGGUUUUGCAGCUCCAGUAGGGACAAAGGGGACAGAGAGCGUCAAGCUUUCCACCUCGCUCAGCACUACGCAGAAGCGGUGAAGGAGGAGAAAGUGAGCGAGAAUGAGACUGAAAAGGAAGACAGUAUUGUUGACCUGGGGGAGUCCCAAGGAGAAGGGGAUGAGGAGGAAGAAGAGGGUGGCCAUGCUUCAUCUAAAGGCUCUCGUAGAUCCAGUCUGGCCAAGAGGAUUGCAAACUCCUCAGGCUAUGUUGGCGACCGCUUUAAAUGUGUCACCACUGAGCUGUAUGCUGACUCCAGCAAGCUGAGCCGUGAACAGAGAGCUCUGCAGAUGGAAGUCAUAUCACGAGAGGGGAGUAAUAUAAGUCAACCUGCAGCUAACUGGGAGCGGGCUAUGAUGCGGUUCUCGGAGCUGGAGCUGAAGGAGAAGGAGGGCGGCGGUGUAUGUGUGUCUGCCUCGGCAGCGGCAGCAGGACGGGAGCUGGCAGACGGCCAGCGCAGAGAGCGAGCGCUGGAUCACUGCCAACACACCACCAGGCAGGGAGAGAGGGAGGGUGUCCGGUCAACGUUCUCAAAUAACCGAGUUCCAGUCCUCCAGAGGUGUGGGGGCCAGAAGGAGCCUUUGUCCCCAGGGCACGGAGCACGAGACGGACGCCGAGAUGCCAACCCAGGCAUGCUUAAGGAUGGUGCCAGGAAGGGGGUGAGGGAAUGUGAAGGAGGUCAUUUCCUUCCCCCAACUUUGACACCCUCAAAAGGAUACCAUGAGGAGAAGGUCAGCCCUGGUUUCAGAAAACGGACGCUAAAAUCCGAACAGGACGACUCAGAGAGGGAGGAAGAGGAGAGGCUGUCCUAUCCAGAGAAAAAAGCCAAGAUUUCUACGGAUGAGCAUGAGCAGACCAGUCUAGAGGAGGAUGAUGACGACGAGGUGCGUAAGCUCAAAGUCUGCAUCGAGCUCAAGGGACUGAGACUGAGCAAGCCCGCCACUGGUGCAGCUUCACCUGACAGGUUCCACAUCAAACAGGAGAGACCAUGGCCCCAGAACAGGCUGGGACCUCCGACCCAGAACACACGGGAGCGAAAGAUCAGGGCCAGCGAGGCGGAUGACAGAGCCGGUGCACAGAGAGCCGAGAUCAACAGGAAAUGGGGCUGCGACAAGCUGCUUAAUGGAGUAGCUGCUUCUCCCCUUCCCCCCGGCCAAGUGAAGGACAAAGCUCAACCGCUGGGCCUCUUCUCAGGUGACCGUGGCCUCAAGGAGCCCAGGAGGGGCCCCCCUUCUCCUGCCCCAGAGCCAUCUGUAGGAGGCGCUCCUCCCCUCAAGCCCCGUCGCCAUAGUGACACCGACAAACCCAAGGGCAAGCGGCCGUGCAAGACCAAACACACCAGUCAGAGGGAGCGGGAGAAGAGGAAAGAGGCCACACCUAGCAGCCCAGGCCAGCGGUGUGCAGCUGAUCUGGGAGCAGCUGAGGAGGACAAGCUGAGCGAGCAGCGCAGCGCUCCAAGGAAGGGAGCCGCCUCUCCUAAUCAUUAUCCCUGCUCUCCAGCCAAGCCCUGCUCCCCCGCCGCGCUCUGUCCGCCCACCCUCCAGCCCCAGGCCAACGGCAGAGCAGGCGCUGUCCCACCAGAGGCGGUGGGGGCGCACAGGACCCCCCCUGCUGAGCCCCCCGCAGUACGUCCGAUCCCGCCAGAGGCUCGCCGGCUGAUCGUGAACAAGAACGCUGGAGAGACUCUGCUCCAGAGAGCCGCACGACUCGGCUACGAGGAGGUGGUUCUGUACUGUCUGGAGAACAGAGUAUGCGAGGUGAAUCACAGAGACUACGCCGGUUACUGUGCUCUACACGAGGCGUGCGCCCGUGGCUGGCUCAGCAUCGUCCAGCACCUGCUGGAUUACGGUGCAGACAUCAACUGCAGCGCUCAGGAUGGCACCAGGCCAAUUCAUGAUGCUGUUGAGAACGACCACCUGGACGUGGUGCGAAUCCUUCUCUCUUACGGCGCUGAUCCCACCCUUGCCACCUAUUCUGGCCGCAGCCUAUUGAAGAUGACCCACAGCGAUGGCAUGGAGCGCUUCCUCACUGAUUAUUUUGCCGACCUUCAGGGCCGCUCAGAUGACGACCCGGGGAUUUAUUGGGAAUUCUACGGCAGUGCUGUGUGUGAAACCAGCGAGGAGGGUGGUGUCUAUGACAUCCUGGCUGACCCUCCAGGCCCAGAGGAUGAGGAUGAGGACGAUAGAAGGGAGGUGUUUGAGUUUGAGUUCUCCGACCGACCUCUGCUGCCAUGUUAUAACAUCCAGGUGUCCCUCUCCCAGGGGCCGAGAAACUGGCUGCUGCUCUCUGACGUGCUCCGCCGGUUGCGGAUGUCUGCCCGCGGUUUCCGACAAGCCUUCCCCCACAUGGAGGUGGUGACUGUAGCCGAGGCGGAGUUUUACCGGCAGGCCUCUUUGUCGCAGCUCUUCUCGUGCCCAGAGGAGCUGGAGGGCUUCCAACCAGACAGUAAGGACUUGUUAGACCUGGUGGAAGACAGCGCCGAGCUGGCCGCUCUGCUGGGCUCCUCACUGGAGUGUCUGGACGACCACUGGGACCACGCUGGGGACAAACUGAAGGACAAAAUUAAGGCUGUAGGCAAAAUGGCCUCAUCCUGACCCCUGAAUCUACUACACUUGGACUUAAACUUUUAGUGACUGCAUUUUCCUUUAGAACCAUACAGGGGGUUAUGAUGAUCUGCCUUAGCCCUGACCCGUAGUUCCCACGCCUAAGCCCGGCUCUGGACCAGCAACGGUGCACUGUACAGAUGGACUGACCUGCUGGCUAACCAGGCUGCUGAAACAUUACCCUCCAAGUUUCAGAAUAUUUGUGACUUAAUAAUGGUCUUAUUUUUAUAGAUUAAUAUAUGUAUAAAUCAUAAAUAUAUAUAUAUAUAUAAAUAUAUAUAAAUAAUAUGAAGAGAUUUUUUUCUUUUGGAUGUUGCUCACGACUCCUCUCUGAAAGAUUUUGUAUGGCAGCAGGGUGUAGUCUUGUUGCCAGUGGAGUGAGUGAGCGAGCAACACACUGUGCCUGUGUGUAGCUGUACAGGAUAGAGCUGAGGCUGUGCUAUUGAAUGUGGUAUUUGUGUUUAUAGGAAGCACAUGAUGUCCUGUUUUUUUUGUUUUUUUCCCUCAGGCUUUAGCGCUGGCUUUGGCCUCUGGGGCGAUUCUGUUGUAAUUUUUUAAUUUUAAUGCUCAAGUUUUGCUUCCUGUUUAGUCUGUAAUUUAACAUGCAAAACUACAAAAUGGUUUGUAUAAUAAAGUUUUAAGAUGA